UGUAGUUUUUGACACUUGACAGAUUUGGUUAAAAAGUGCAACCGUUGAUUUCUUCAAGGAAUAUAUUUGAUAAUUCUCAAUAGUUUAUAAAUAAUGGAACCUAUGGCAUUGGGAAGUAAUCCAUCAAGUCCAAUAUCUCCAGGAAUCAACCCAAACUUUUUACCUGGUUUUCUCAUGGGAGUCGAUACUCAAGCAAUACCACCAAAUCCUACCGUAUCCCCAGGAAGAAACAGAAUUUCUGGCAGCUUUCCAAAAGCUGGGUUAAGCUCAACAGAACCCAGAAGUUUACGCCAGAAACUAUUCAAUCAAACACUUGUUGAUAGUCCGACGGCAUUAUCUUCAUUCGCUGAGAGGACUGAGAAGACUGGUCCACCAAAAACAGGCCUUUUUGACAGCUUUGAACAGAAAAAAAGAGCUAGCCCAAUCAUGAGCAGUACUGUUGCACAGAUGAACGAUACUAUGGGUUUUAAUGAAAGUAUUUCAAGGGUGAAUGAGGACAGUAUGAAUUAUAGUCGAAUGGCGAGUAUGAAUGAAAGCAGGAUUAGAGCAAACAGCAUAAAUUCAAGUCGAGGAGAGAGAGUUGACUCACACUGGGUUACAGUGUUUGGAUUUCCACCAAGUGCUCUCACAUUGGUUUUAUCUCAGCUAGCUAAUUUUGGUCCAAUUGCUGACAAAAAGGUGCCCCCACAUGGCAAUUGGGUUCAUGUCAAAUACAAUAACCUUAGUGAAGUAGCGAUGGCAUUAUCAUUGAAUUGCAAGCUGAUAAAUAACAGUAUAAUGAUAGGAGUAACACUUUAUUAUAAUAGAGAUGAUAAAGAAAACGAAAGUACAAUUUACACUUCACCAAUUAGAGCUAGAUCUUUGAGACACUCCUUUAUAUCACCAAGUCAUCCUAACUCUGUGAUUUCACCCCAGAUUUUACCACAGAAAUCAACAGGCAUUGUAACAAAAGCUAUGGAGUAUGUUUUUGGGUGGUAGUUUUAUAUUUGUUCUGUGCAAGCGCUCAGGAAUUCUUGCAUUUAUAAUACAGCGGAAAAUAUUUUUUGACAGUUGUAGAAGUGAAAUUAUGGAAUAGUUCAAUACAGGAAAAUAAAUUUCUCUUCAUUCUUUCUCGAUGACACAUGAAUAUAUGAUCACUUGUAACUGAUUAUUAACACAUUGAGUGAUAUUCAAAAUUGAUAUUUACACCUAAGAAGCAUCUGGAGUCUAUUCAUUAUCAAUCUAUAUAGAAUAAUCACAAAAAGCAAUGUUUGAGUACCCCAUUUCUACAUAGAUUUGUGGAUUACAAUAUCACUGUAUGAUCGCUAACAAGUGAUAUACAAAAGUGUACAAAAAAUAUGAAAUUUUGCAAAAUUUUAAACAGGUCUAUACAUUAUAGUCAUCACUAUUGUAUUCUGUUAUUGCAUUUAUACAAAUAUUUUUUGUUGGGCAUAUCCUAACAUCGUUUUUUCUCAAAUGUUCAUGAAAAAUUGUGAAAAUUCUUGUAUUCUCUUUCAUUUUAACAUAUUACUUUCUAGUGUACUCAGGACUGAUAGUAUUUUAGGUUGUGUAAUGUAGGUUUUAAUUUUAUAUUUUUGUUAAUCAAAUCUUGUAUGACUUCGACAAUAACAUUAAUUGAAAAUAAAACAAAUAUCAAGAUUC